AUGCCUAAUGCACGAGUUAUGAAUGAACCAGGGCAAAGUCCUUGGUAUGUAGGUUGGUCUAACUGUCAUUCCGUAAUAAAAGCUACAAUGAGACAAUAUUAUAGCAUUCCUGAAUUCUUACCAGAAGAUGCAGAGUUUCCUGAAACUGAAAAUAUAUUCUUAGGAUACCAGAUAGGAGCAGUUAUGCAUUUAGACUACAUUCCUCGGUUAAUGUGGCAAGGGCAAAUUAAAGGUAAUAAAAACUGGUUGGUUGCUCCAGUACCAGAAUGUGAACACAUUUGUCACAAGUUUCAUUAUUACAUAGAGCCAGGUGAUGUUGCAUUGUUAGACACUAGAUUAUGGUAUCAUGAAACAAGUAUUCCUAAGGGACAGUUUUCUUUGACAGUGCAAUCAGAGUAUGGU